AUGACCAUUCCUAUUAGUAAGGAUAGCUUGUUAAGCUUUAAAGCUGUGAAGUCUUUCAAAGUCUCAGAAAAGGAAUUGGGUCCCAUUACUUCGUUAUCUUUUGAUAACCAUGGUCAGUAUCUUUUAACAGCUACGGCUAGUGAUAAUAUGCAUCUGUAUGAUGCGGUAUCCUGCAGGUUUUUAAAUACAGUUGCUUCCAAGAAAUAUGGUUGUCACUCUGCAAAAUUUACACAUGCACAGAAUGAGUGCAUUUAUUCAUCUACUAUGAUAUCCUUUGAUAUUAAGCACCUAAAUCUUGAGACGAACCAAUAUCUCAGAUAUUUCCAAGGCCAUGGGGCUUUAGUUAGCGACAUACAAAUGUCUCCAUUGGAUGACACUUUUUUAUCGGCGUCGUAUGAUGAGUCUGUGAGGCUUUGGGAUUUGAGGACGUCCAAAGCUCAGGCAAUCGUUCCUAGUGUAGUUCCAAAUUGUAUUGCUUAUGAUCCUAGCGGAUUGGUUUUUGCGCUAGGAAAUCCUGAGAACCAAGAAAUCGGAUUGUAUAAUGUCAGACAGUUGAAAUCAGGUCCGUUUUUAGUCAUAAGAGUUGAUCCAAAAUUUAGUCAAUGGUCAAAAAUAGAGUUUUCAAAUGAUGGUAAAUAUAUUUUGCUUGCAUCCUCUACUGGAAGGCAGCUAAUUUUAGAUGCCUUUGAUGGAACACAGCUAUUUGAACUUACUGGUACUAAACCAUUUCCAUUAAGAGAAUUCAUGGAUGCCGGUUCUGCAUGCUUUACUCCUGAUGGGCAUUAUACUUUGGGUACAGAUUACGAUGGAAAAAUUGCUAUUUGGAAUCAUGCAGAAUCAGUAAGUCUAAGAACAUUGAAACCACAAGGUUAUAUUCUGGCUCCUACAGAGGCCUGUCCAAGAACAAUUGUUUUCAAUCCUAAGUACAGUAUGUUUGUUACCGCAGAUGAAAGCGUUGAAUUUUAUGUUUACGACGAAAACUAA